AUGCGGUUGAUAGCGACGCCGACUUUCAGGGCUGCCUCGGCGGUGCUCUUCUUGGGAUUUUUGCUACCAGCUGUCCUGGCUCACGGAGGCGAUGAGAACAUGGAUAUGGGCGACAGCAUGGACAGUAUGGCCAUAGACGGCGACGAGCCCUCUCCAGGGGCAGAGUACCCGCCGUCAUAUUUCACCCAUCCAGAGCACCGCGGUGUUCUGGUUGCGCACAUAGGGUUUAUGGUCCUUGCUUGGGUGGUUGUUUUGCCUCUAGCGACCAUGUUCUCCCUCACGAGAUCUCGGUACACACUCCCAACACAGUUCAUCUUCAUCGCUAUCAACGCGCUCGGCGUGCUGUUCAGCACCAUCUACAAUGCAAACACGCCUGAUCUAUACCCGAACAAUGCGCACCACAAGCUCGGCUGGCUCGUCACGUGGGUGCUUUCGGUGCAGGUGCUUGUCAGCCUUCUGGGUCGUGUUGCUGGCGCAUUCAACAAGAAGAAAGAUGGGGAUCACGCCGGAGCCGAUGCGAUGGAGCGCCGCUCGUUCAUCCCGGUGUCGCAUGCCGCCAUGGAUGAGCACCACCGGCUCCAUAGCGGACACUACAGCCCCUUGUGUAGGCACUCGAACGAUAGCGGCCAGGGGACCGAGCCAAACACCGAGUCGUUGAGAAGUGCUUCGUUUUCGUCAACGCCGGAGCCGUUGUCGAGUCCUACGGCCGAGCCGCGGCAUAAGGAAUAUGCGGAAGAUGAGGACGACCUUGAGGCCGAUCUGCCCUCUACGCCGCGCGCCGGUGUGUUGCGCAACUUGGCGACCAAGAUCGGGGCCAAAAUUUCCGUCCGCGCAUGGAAGGUGUUAAUGUUCGGGUACAACUUUGUCGAUCGCACGAGCAUGAUCCUAGGUUUUAUUACCCUAUGUACCGGCAUCAUUACCAUGGGCCGCUUCUUUGAAGGUCGACAAGUCUUCACCGGCCUGGCGCAUUGGAUCAAGGGCGGUAUUUUCUUCUGGCUUGGGGUCCUUACUCUCGGUCGUUGGGCUGGUUGUUUUGGUGAGCUUGGAUGGGCCUGGAACAUCCGUCCCAAGUCGGCAAGCAAGCGAUGGAUACCAUCGGCUGAAUUUACCGAGAGUUUCCUUAUCUUCUUUUACGGCUCCACGAAUAUCUUCCUCGAACAUCUCGGCAAUUGGGGCGGCGAGUAUAGCUUUGAGGACCUGGAGCACAUUUCUAUUACGGUCCUCUUCCUGGGAGGUGGUCUGUGUGGCAUGCUCAUCGAAUCCGACCGUAUCCGAGAGCUCCUCAACACGACUGUCGCCUCAACCAUUGACGAGCGCUACAGCGAUGCACACGAGCGCGAGCUGGCUCUAGAAGAGCCUACUACAUACCGGUUCUCAAUGAACCCGAUCCCCGCGCUCGUUAUACUUUUGCUGGGCAUCAUGAUGUCCAGCCACACGCAAGAGUCCAUGAUCUCGUCGAUGGUGCACAAACAAUGGGGCACCAUGCUCACCGGCGCGUCUUUUGCCCGUGGUCUGACAUAUGUCAUCACCUACCUCAAGCCGCCGACCAGCAUCCUACCGUCGAGGCCGCCCACAGAGCUCCUCGCGGCGUUUGGACUGAUGACGGGCGGGAUCCUCUUCAUGGCCUCGAGCGGCGAUACGGUCGAGGGCAUGAUCCAUUAUAACCUUGAUGUCAUGUUCAUGUACACCGUCACCAUGGGCCUCGUGGGUCUCUUGAUGGCUUGGGAGAUUAUCGUCAUUGCGGUCAAGGGAUGGGCCGCCCGCAAAGAAGCCGGAAAGCCUGUCGGCGUACGAUUCUAUUCCGCUUGAGUGACCCCAGAGGACGAUGGUCGCACAUACUCACAUUUUCCUGAUCUACCUGAUAUGAUUCCUCUCACGACUCUCCUUUACCAUUUUUCCAUUUCUUGCUUUAUUAAUUUCUCCCCCUUUCCUUUCUAGUCUCCGUCAACUUUGAUACCCACUAUACCAACUUUUUGGCACUUGGCUUUUUUCUUCUUUCUUCUUCUUUUCCCAGAUCGAAGAUUGGUGGGGCGAUAUGAUACCCUUGCAAAUGGGAGGGUACUUGACGAUCGUUUGCUUUUAGCUUUCAAUAGACAGACAUACAGAGAGAGAGAGAGAGAGAGAGAGAGAGAGAGAGAGAGAGAGAGAGAGAGAGAGAAUGUUGGUGCUGAUAGAUAGCGGACGGUAAUGUCAUGGGUAAUUGAGACGGGUAAUUGAGACGAGAUAACCAG